ACGUACAGUAAGAUCUGAAUUAACCGGUUCAUAAUUAAUUCAGUCUCUGUUAUUAGAAAUCUCGAUUGUUCGGAGUAUUCUACUUGCUAAAAAGUUUGUGUUGUUAUUAUUCGUAUCGUCUGAGCCUAUCAAUUAUUAUUCUUACGUGUUAAAUGAUAAGAUAGCGAUAACUUGUAAAAGUGAAAUUGAAAGCUUAUUACGUGUUUAUUUAUUUUUUCUCAUGCUUCGAUUAUCCGUUUAUUUAUUUUUUCUCAUGCUUCGAUAAUCCGACAAUCGAGCAAAUUGUCAACUAAUACUUACAAUUUCAUUCAAAUAAAUGGAGUUUAUAUAAACGGAGUUAUAAACUGCCGUAUCAAAGUAGACAACUUUAUAUGUAUUGCUGAUUUUUUCAAAACUUACAUUAUUCAAACUGAAUUAAAAGAAUUACUUUAAUUUUGACCAAUUCAAUCUGAACACAAGGAAACACUGUAUUGCACUCGUAGGAAAUAUUGUACCUUGAUUUACGAGAUGCAAUCGAUUAACAUUAAAAAUUAACAAUGGUAUAUUCCCUAUAAUCAAACAUGAUUACAGUCGGGUGAAAUUGUCCCUUCCGAAUAUCGUUUAAUUAAAUAUAAAUACAAGGAAGUACCCUCUUCCUCGAUAUAAUUACAGGACAUGAAAUCGCCUUGUAAUCUUGCUCUAACUCUUUAAUUAAAUGUAAAUGUUACGAGCCCACGAGGCAAAUGGUAAACUGACAUAUGUUCAGUAUUCUCACUAUAAAGGUAGAUUCAAGAUAUGGAAUUGCAGCCUGAGUGAUUUGUUUGAGAAAAUGGACAUUUUUACGGAGAGACAAGUUAAGUUAAGAAAAAUCAGCCCCAAUAAGCAUUUGCAAAAUAGUUUAUCGAUCAUUUACUAUUUAGGAUUUUGGUCGGAAUGGGCUAAGUAUAAAUAUUUGUAUAAUAUAUACACGGCUUGUAGUUUAAUAUUUUUGUUAGCAAUUACUAUGGCAAGCGAAGUCAUGUACAUUAUUGUAAAUUGGGGAAAUCUAGAGCUAAUGAUGGCCGCUGUACCUAUCGUUAUGUCAUAUUCUACGUAUGCCGCAAAGAUAAUUUAUAUUAUUCGUCAUCAUAAACGUAUCAAAGAUCUUAUCGAUAUAACAAACACCGAAAUGUUCAAUCGAGAUAACAAUAAAUACGAGCGUAUCGUAACGUAUUAUACUUGGCAAGGAAUUUUUCAUCAUAUUACUUAUCAAAGUUUUGGUGGCAUAGCUAUAAUAUCUUGGGGAUGUACUCCAAUAUUAUAUCUAGCCAAUAAAGCAUCUAAACAAUUACCAAUGGCGGGAUGGUUUCCUUACAACGUAACAUCUACACCGGCUUUCGAAAUCACUUGCUUGCAUCAAUUUAUAGUUGUCUUUAUAAGUUGCAUCAACAAUAUAGCAAUAGAUACUCUUAUAACAGGCCUCAUAAUGACUACUUGUUGUCAAUUAACAAUCUUAAAUUAUAAUAUUUCUUCGAUACAUUGCACAGUAGAAAAAGAACAUACUAUAUUAAGUGAUAAUUUUGGUAUUGGAACUUUUACCUUAGAGGUUUACAAUAAAUUAUAUGAAGAUUUGAAACAUUGCGUGAAACAUAGUAUUAUGAUAUUUGAUUUCUCGAAACAAAUUCAAAAUAUAUUUGGUACGUUAAUAUUUUUUCAACUUCUAGUAAAUUGUAUUAUCGUUUGUCUAACAGCAUUCAACAUAUCGCAGAUGAAAGACUAUGCACCAUCUGAGUUAUCUGGUGCAUUAUUAUAUAUGUGUUGCAUGACAUAUCAAAUCUUUAUAUAUUGCUGGCAUGGAAAUGAACUAUAUCUUCAUAGUAUAAAGAUAUGUUUAUCUGCGUACGCAAAUAAUUGGUGGAAUAAUAGCAAGAAUUUUAAUCAUUCUUUACUUAUCAUAAUGACAAGAACUCAAUGGCCUCUUAUUAUAACUGUUGGAAAUAUUAUGGAUUUGUCUUUACGAAAUUUCGUUCUAAUUUUACGUAUGUCAUAUUCUAUUUUUACUGUUUUAAAAACUUCUACAGAUACUUAA